AUGGAGGCGAGCGCCGGGCUGAUCGCCGGCUCCCACAACCGGAACGAGCUCGUCGUCAUCCGUCGCGACGGCGAUCCCGGGCCGAAGCCGCUGCGGCAGCCGAACGGGCAGGUAUGCCAGAUUUGCGGCGACGACGUCGGUCUCGCCCCCGGUGGGGAGCCCUUCGUGGCCUGCAACGAGUGUGCCUUCCCCGUCUGCCGGGACUGCUACGAGUACGAGCGCCGGGAGGGCACGCAGAACUGCCCCCAGUGCAAGACCCGGUACAAGCGCCUCAAGGGCUGCGCGCGUGUGCCCGGGGAUGAGGAAGAGGACGGCGUCGACGACCUGGAGAACGAGUUCAACUGGAACGACGGCAAUGAGUCGCAGUACGGCGCCGAGUCGCUCCAUGGCCACAUGACCUACGGCCGUGGAGGUGACCUUAAUGGCGUCCAGCAGCCUUUCCAGCUGAACCCCAAUGUUCCCCUCCUCACCAACGGGCAGAUGGUGGAUGACAUCCCGCCGGAGCAGCACGCUCUGGUCCCGUCUUUCAUGGGCGGUGGGGGCAAGAGGAUCCACCCACUUCCGUAUGCGGAUCCCAGUUUACCUGUGCAACCAAGGUCCAUGGACCCAUCCAAGGAUCUUGCUGCGUAUGGGUAUGGUAGCGUUGCUUGGAAGGAGAGGAUGGAGAGCUGGAAGCAGAAGCAGGAGAGGAUGCACCAGAUGAGGAAUGAUGGAGGUGGUGAUGAUGGGGAUGACGCUGAUCUUCCACUAAUGGAUGAAGCAAGACAACCACUGUCCAGAAAAAUUCCAAUUCCAUCAAGCCAGAUUAAUCCAUAUAGGAUGAUUAUCAUUAUUCGACUUGUGGUUGUGGGGUUCUUCUUCCACUAUCGAGUGAUGCAUCCAGUGAAUGAUGCAUUUGCUUUGUGGCUCAUAUCUGUUAUCUGUGAAAUCUGGUUUGCCAUGUCUUGGAUCCUUGAUCAAUUCCCAAAAUGGUUCCCUAUUGAGAGAGAGACUUAUCUAGACCGGCUGUCGUUGAGGUUCGACAAGGAAGGCCAGCCAUCUCAACUUGCUCCAGUUGAUUUCUUUGUCAGUACAGUUGAUCCAUUAAAGGAACCUCCUUUGGUCACAGCAAAUACUGUUCUAUCUAUCCUCGCGGUGGAUUAUCCAGUUGAUAAGGUUUCUUGCUAUGUUUCUGAUGAUGGUGCUGCAAUGCUAACAUUUGAAGCAUUGUCUGAAACAUCUGAAUUUGCAAAGAAAUGGGUUCCUUUCUGCAAAAGGUACAAUAUUGAACCUCGUGCUCCAGAGUGGUACUUCCAACAGAAGAUAGACUACUUGAAAGAUAAGGUGGCGGCAAGCUUUGUUAGGGAGAGGAGAGCAAUGAAGAGAGAGUAUGAGGAAUUCAAGGUCAGAAUCAAUGCCUUGGUUGCUAAAGCCCAGAAAGUUCCUGAAGAAGGAUGGACAAUGCAAGAUGGAACCCCCUGGCCUGGAAACAAUGUUCGUGAUCACCCUGGAAUGAUUCAGGUCUUCCUUGGUCAAAGUGGAGGUCUUGAUUGCGAGGGAAAUGAGCUACCACGCUUGGUUUAUGUUUCAAGAGAAAAACGGCCAGGCUAUAACCAUCAUAAGAAAGCUGGUGCUAUGAAUGCACUGGUCCGAGUCUCUGCUGUACUAACAAAUGCUCCCUAUUUGUUGAACUUGGAUUGUGAUCACUACAUCAACAACAGCAAGGCUAUAAAAGAAGCAAUGUGCUUUAUGAUGGAUCCCUUACUAGGAAAGAAGGUUUGCUAUGUGCAGUUCCCUCAAAGAUUUGAUGGGAUUGAUCGUCAUGACCGAUAUGCUAAUAGGAAUGUCGUCUUUUUCGAUAUCAACAUGAAAGGUUUGGAUGGUAUUCAAGGCCCGAUCUAUGUUGGUACUGGAUGUGUAUUUAGAAGGCAGGCAUUAUAUGGUUAUGAUGCCCCUAAAUCAAAGAAGCCACCAUCAAGGACUUGCAACUGCUGGCCAAAGUGGUGCUUUUGCUGUUGCUGCGGUGGUAACAGAAAGCACAAGAAGAAGACUACCAAACCCAAAACAGAGAAGAAAAAGAGAUUAUUAUUUUUCAAGAAAGAAGAAAAUCAAUCCCCUGCAUAUGCUCUUGGUGAAAUUGACGAAGCUGCUCCAGAAAAUGAAAAGGCUGGUAUUGUAAAUCAACAAAAAUUAGAAAAGAAAUUUGGCCAGUCUUCUGUUUUUGUUACAUCCACCCUUCUUGAGAAUGGUGGGACCUUGAAGAGUGCAAGUCCAGCUUCUCUUUUGAAAGAAGCCAUCCAUGUCAUUAGUUGUGGAUAUGAAGACAAGACUGACUGGGGAAAAGAGAUUGGCUGGAUCUAUGGAUCAGUUACAGAAGAUAUUCUUACUGGCUUCAAGAUGCAUUGUCAUGGUUGGCGGUCAAUUUACUGCAUCCCUAAACGGCCCGCGUUCAAAGGUUCUGCACCCCUGAAUCUUUCUGAUCGUCUUCAUCAGGUCCUUCGGUGGGCUCUUGGGUCUAUUGAAAUUUUCUUCAGCAACCAUUGCCCUCUUUGGUAUGGGUAUGGUGGUGGUUUGAAAUUUUUGGAAAGGUUUUCCUACAUCAACUCCAUCGUAUAUCCUUGGACGUCUAUUCCCCUCUUGGCUUACUGUACAUUGCCUGCCAUUUGUUUGCUGACGGGAAAAUUUAUCACUCCAGAGCUAAACAAUGUUGCCAGCCUCUGGUUCAUGUCACUUUUCAUCUGUAUUUUUGCUACAAGCAUCCUAGAAAUGAGAUGGAGUGGUGUUGGCAUUGAUGAUUGGUGGAGGAAUGAGCAGUUUUGGGUCAUUGGAGGUGUGUCCUCGCACCUCUUUGCUGUGUUCCAAGGACUUCUCAAGGUCAUAGCUGGUGUAGAUACAAGCUUCACUGUGACAUCAAAGGGUGGUGACGAUGAAGAGUUCUCAGAGCUAUAUACAUUCAAAUGGACAACCUUACUGAUACCUCCCACCACUCUGCUCCUGUUGAACUUCAUUGGUGUGGUUGCUGGAGUUUCGAAUGCUAUCAAUAACGGAUAUGAAUCAUGGGGGCCUCUCUUCGGGAAGCUGUUCUUUGCAUUUUGGGUGAUCGUGCAUCUGUAUCCAUUCCUGAAAGGUUUGGUUGGAAGGCAAAACAGGACCCCAACAAUUGUCAUCGUCUGGUCCAUUCUGCUGGCUUCUAUCUUCUCACUCCUUUGGGUCCGGGUCGAUCCUUUCCUAGCAAAGAAUGAUGGCCCGCUUCUUGAGGAGUGUGGUUUGGAUUGCAACUAGGAGGUCAGCAUAUCAGCUCCCCCAUCACCGAAUGCUUGAAGAAAUGUUUACAAUGUCCCCUCUGUAGAUAGAGACAUGAAAUGUCUCGUUUCUUUUGAUCCAUGGUGGUAGCUCAGCCUCAUGUCUGGGACAUAGUGGGGAAAAUGGAGGCUGCGGUAAUCCUUGUGCAGUUGGGCCGUGGAAUACAGCAAAUGCAAGCGUUUUAUUGUUCAGCAUUCUUUAUUGGGCGCAAAAUUGAUUGGGUGAGCCGAAGAGAAAGGUCUGCGCUGCUCCCAUGUACAAACCUGGUUCUGAAUAAGGCAGGCGGGAAUGCAUCUGCCAGUGGAACAGAGCAACAUGCACAGUAUUUAUGCGGCGAAUCGUGUGUGCCUGCCCAUUGAAGGGCUUGCUCAUUACAUGUUCGUCUAUAUAUACUAGAAAAACAGAAUAUUAGUGGUUAGUUUCUAUAGUUAAAAGUGUGUGAACUGUAAAGGCGUGUUUUUGGUCGUCACAAUUUGUUUUCGUGACAUUUUCGUCAUAGAAGAAAAGUUCUAAGGAUGAAUGUGGCUGGAUACAAACAAUAUAUUGCUGGGAUUUCUGCUUACUGUCUCGAGGUAAGAAAAAAAAACUUUUUGCUGUCA